ACGGAUUGGACUAAGGAGGUUGUUGGAGAUGAAACCACAGAGACAUCUGAGGGAAUUGUUGACAUCAUAGUGCAUGGAACGCAGGAUUCAUAGGAAUAAGAAGGAAGAAAAGAAAAUAAGCCCAUGGUGAUCUGGCACAAUGUCUAGUCUUGAGAACAGGUAUCUAUCGGGUUAAAGGAAAGGGAGGAGGAUGGUCAAGACUUCACAGAGAAAGCCUCAUGACUAUGGAAAACAUUCCAAAAUAAAGUCUUAUUUAAACUUCUCCAUCCCCUUGAGGAUGUCCAGUUACAUAUGCAAGAGACCAGUUACUAGUAUCACAUCUUAUCCUGACAAUGAGGUCAGAUACCAUCACUGGGAAGAAACCUUGGACAAACCGCAACAGUUUUGGUGGCAGAAGCGACUACAAGGAUUGCAGGCCUAUAGCAGCACAGGAGAAGAGUUAAGUACUUUAGAUCUUAUCAAAACCUUCCAACAACUUUUGCCUACUCGGAGAGGUGAAUCCCUGUCUGGUGUUCUUGCCAGUAGUCUGCACUCCUGCCCUGUGCCCACCCCUGUCCUGCCUUCAGAUUUGGGAAGGGUGAUUUCAGGGUCUGGUCUGGGAAUCCCACAGCUCUCCUGCAGACAACUGGUAACUGAGGAAGACAUCAGGACACAGGAAAGGAAAGUGAAGAUGGCAAGAGAGAGACUGGCAAGAGCAUUGAUUGCCGAUAGCCUUGCAAGUGAGGUAGAGAAAGUGAGGAGUCAAAAAGGACAUCCUCAAAAACACUAUGAAAAACAGAGAAGGCGAUGCUGACAACAUGGAGCAUGACACUUUAUUACUAUCCUUUUGCAGUUUCUGUAAUAUUUUCUCUGAGUUCUUGAAACAUUAAAAUGUACCAAUAUUUUACUUUAUUAAAAUGCUGUGUGUG